UACACUUUCAAUAACCAUUGUUUUUCUGAAAGGUAUUUCAAGAAGUCUUGGUCUAUGCAUGUCACGGUCUGAAGAGUACCUCCCCACUGCCCCCUCACCAAGAAGUUGGACACCCAGUCCACCCUAUGGCCUUGAUCGGAAGCAUGCCAAAGGAAUUGCUGCCCGAAACUUCUCUCGUCAUCCCUAUGAGAAUGCAGGUCAAGUAAAGAGUAAAACAAUCAAUGGUUAUACAUCCAGAUUGGAAAGAAAAGGAAAUAUGCAGCGCCAUAUCCAAAGUAACACCUCCUCUUACCAUCCAGGCUAUAACACCCUUGCCAGUGAUACUUGGUCAAUGAGGCCUGCUUACUCCAGUUCCUCCAGCCGUCACACCCUCAGAUCCAGCCGCCAGCAUCCCAAUGAGGCAGAUGACCCAACAUUCAGAAAAACAUGUUAUGAAAAGCAUCGUCGGACAAGAUGGAGAAGAGCCCCAUUACUUCCAAAAAAAUCGGACAAUUACUCCAGGAAUAGAAGGGAGCACUCCCCUUUGGAUUUUAACCUUUCUAAUAGAAAUUAUUGGACAGGCAAUACUGAGCAAGACGCAGAACCUCCCGAUGCCUGUUCUAGUUACAGGGGUUCCCCACACGCCCGUCUCCGUAUGGCCAAACUCCUGCCAUAUCAGCAGCACCACCACCGCCUUGGGCCCUUUGCCAGACACCAUUUAGAGUCAUUUCAGAGUCCAGCUUCCAGUGAUUUACCCGAGUGUCCCCGUAAGACGAAACCAGAUAUAUAUUCAAAAUACAGGCGAAGUGUGACCCCAGAGACUCUAAGAAAUACAGUUGAGGAGGAACAGGACAUGUCAUUAACAUAUCCUGUCCCCACAAAUAGCAUAACGUCUGCUAAGCCAAGGCGUUUGUGGCACAAAUCAUGUGGCUUCAAGAACGAGGCACUUUCCACAGGACCCUGCUGGGUGCAUCAUUUGCAGACCCCAGGACACAAGAACAGACAAAUGGAGCAGCCGUUGUCAACAUCGCAGCAGCCCCGCCAUGGCCCUCACAAUGUGGAUGAAGCCCAUGAGCAAGAAGUUUUUCGACGUAUUGCUCGGAAAUAUGGCUUCUGCGAGACCUGUGGGAUGGAAAGAUCACCAAAAGAGCAGCAUAAGUGUGCUCAGAGUGACAAUAGAUGUGUGACUGGCGGCUGGAACGAGUGCUGUGCCUCCUAUCCCGAUGACCCUACUCCAUCCAUGUCGUGGGACAACCUCUCGCCUGAGCCAUCCCCGGCCCUCACCAACAUACAGCCUCCCCAAGCCAUGGAGGGAGCAGCAGCCUCAGUACAAACUAUCCUUCACCAGGACAAUGAAAAUGAAGCCGGGACUGGGUGCAGUAGCCUCGCCCCUGUCCGAGGAAGCACUUACACGAUAUCGUGCCAAAGUGCUAAUGAAGGAUAGUGUGACACUGUUGGAUGUGAUAGUUUAGACAUAAAAUAUAUUUUGUUAAACAUGAUGUCUGUUAACUGUUGAAAAUUGUUAGUAUUAUUGGACAAGUGAUGAAUUGUUAUCAAAUAAAAAUGAAACAGUUGCGAUAUAAUAUAGUACAAAAGCGAAAUAGUAAAACAGGAAAAAUAAUUGUAUGCAUAAUGAUAAAUGUAAAUCAAAUGUAAAUGUUUAAUUUUUUCUUGUAGGCUACCUGCUUGGCCAAUUUCAGUUCAUCUUGCAUCAUUGACCUUUAAGAUUUUGUUAUAAUUACUAAAAUUAUAUAUGGAAGUGAUACAUACAAAGCUAUUAAAUAAACAUAAAUGACUAA